UCGCGAGACACACUCGUACAGCCAACGCGAAACGUCUCCGCGCAUUUUAUUGUUUGCUUAGUCAAUUAUUAACUAAGAAUUGGUUUGGAAAUAAAAUAUUUACUUUAAAAUUGGUGGUUAAAUUGAUCAGAAAUCAUGGACUUAAGGGCACAAAAGUUUGUCGAGAACUUACUUAGUGGAGAUGCCUGCCAAGAACCUGCUGACUCCGUAAAAGUUGAAGAUUUAGAGAUGAAAUUACCAGAAUGGUUUGAUGAAAAGAAAUACAAUCAGGGCAGUCGCUUUUACAGAGACUUCUUGUUUAUGAUGUCAGCGGCAAUGGUGGCUGGAGUAAUCGUAUUGUUCGCGGUUCCGUCUAUAAUAAAAGUUCUCAUUAGCACACGACGCUCCAGUUCAGUUUACACAGCUUAUAAACGAUAUUUCUCCACGCACAAGCACGUGAAUUCCUGGUUUGAACAUGAACUGAAGCCUGAUUCAGUGUCUUGGCGGUCACUUCACGCAGUAAGAAGUCGACACAUACAAGCAGGCCGUGCCGCCAGAUUAAAAGGUGCAGGAAUAGUGUCUCAGCGAGAUGUAGCUCUAACUCUGUUUGGCUUUAUAGGUUUCAUGUUUCUUAAGCCAGACAAAUUCAGUGUUAGACAGAUAAAAAAAGGCGAUUGGGACGCUUACAACCAUUGUUGGAAAGUUAUUGGACACAUGAUUGGAUUGGAGGACAGAUACAACAUUUGCCAAGACACCUACGAAGAGACGCGCCAAGUGUGUCAAAUUUUACAAGACAGGGUUUUCACGCCUUGUUUAGAGAACGUCCCUGAAUAUUUUGAACAUAUGUCCCGUGUUACGUUGGAAGGCUUAACAAACGUCAUGGCUAUUAUAGAACCUACAUCUAUGAUGUAUACGGUGAGGUAUUUGGCUAAUGUACCUGGAUAUAUUUAUACGGAAGAAGACAGAAUAGACUUUCAGAUCAAGUUAAGGAAGCAUCUAGUAAACGGGAAAUAUUCAGAUGAAGGUGUGCCGUCUACAAAACUUGUACAAGAAUGCGCAAUAGAAGGAGUAAUGAAAAGGGAGCCACAUUUACAUUAUAUUCACGACUACGACUGUUUGGAUGACAUACCAGGAUAUAAGCAGUUACCUUUAAUAGGAAAAUAUAGAUUAGCAUACAACAGUAUUGCAAUUGCAUUUUAUGCAACUAACAUAGGAAGAAUCAUAAUUAACUUUCAUUUAAGAUGUACAUUGUUUAUCGCGACAUACAUUCCUUAUCUCGCUUUAUGUAGCUUUGGUAUGAAGAAUGUUUAUGUGAAUAUGUUUAAAGAAGGACCAACAGACAACACGACGCCGAAGCCGAAUUCAGAGUAUUAUAAACCUCAGCCACCACAGCCAUGGUACAAAGUGAUAUUUUCUUUUUUGUGGUAAAAUACUAUUUAUUUUCCUAAUAAUAAAUUAAGUAUUAUUAACGAAACAAUAAAAUACAGACUAGUUAUCCGGUGAUAGCGUAGUUAUGUGGUGAUAGCCUAGUGGUUAACGUUUUGGCCUCUCUUCCGGUGGGACCAAGUUCGAUCCCCGGCACGCACUUCUAGCUUCUAGCUUUUUAUACACGAAACAUUUGAUUUAAUUUAAUUAAU